AUGGAUUUGCUCCUAAAAAGUCAGGACGUAGUAGAAAAGUGUUCGGAGUGCGCCCAUAUUUCCGGCAUACGACGUCUUGCCGAAAUAGUUCUUGUCGGAGGAACCUUGAAAAUACCGAAGCUGCAGAAACUAUUGGCGGAUUUAGUCGGUGGAACGAAUAUCCGCAAGAACAUCGACCCUGUUAAGGCGAUCUCGUUCGGGGCCCACCUCUGCAAAGACACUCAGCUCAAUAGGGUUGCGAAAAUAAGGCUUCUUGAUUUCAUGCAUGCGAACAUCGGAAUCAAGACCAGAGGAGGAGGGUCGGUGGAGGUUUUGAUCCCGGAGAAGACGGUGAUUCCGGCAAAGACAGAGCAGUUUCUGACCACUUGCUUCGAUAGUCAGUCGAAUAUGCAGAUUCGAUUGUUUCACGGUUCGAGGGUUCCUAUGGACACGAACAACAGUAGUAAAAUAACGGAGCGGAACUGGAGAAUUCCAGUGGCCCCACAGGGCACCGCACGGGUGAAACUGCGGAUCGAAAUCGAUUAUCUCACUUUGUCUGUGUUUAUUAUGGACAACCUUAUUUUCGAGACUACUAAUCUGUGUGGGGCUCCAAGGUGA